GUGAGCUGUCUUCUCUGAAUUUUGUUUUUUAUGUGCUGUGUUAUCUGAUAAUCUGAGCUUUUCGUAAAAACAAACGCUUUUUGCAUCAUCUUUUCGCGUCUAGUGUUAAUUUUUUGCGAGUUUUGAGUAAUUUAAAGCCGCUUAAUUAGUUCUGAACGGUUUAAUAUACUUGACAUCGGUCAAAGUACGAUGAUUUGAAACGUUAGUUCCGGAUUACGAACAAUUGAAAGUAUUCUAUGUAGUGCUGUGAUAGUGUUACCGUAUGUGUUUACUCUUCCUCAGCCUCAGAAUUAUUUGAAGAAAAGAAAUCAAGCUCGUGUUCCUGGUUAUAUGAUUAUCGUAUUAGUCGACGACAGAUUGUGCAGUCCUGUCGAUUAUUAACGUUCCAGUAUCGGUUCGAAUUUGCACCUGUUCUGAUACACAAUCAAAAAUCUCGGAAAUGGAUGAAACAGUACCUGUCGUUUAUGAUAUUGCUCAACCGACUCCGGUAUCGUUGAAAAAUCUAUCAGCCAUCGCAGCUAGUCUGGAAAUCUGGCGCAAUGUUAUAUACAAACAUCGCAUGAACAGUACGAUAAAAAAAUUUGAUCCACUCGAAUUGAAUAUCUCUUUGAAAUCCGCAUUACUUCCUGAUUUGCCUUCAGUAAUUUAUAACGUUAUUGAUGAAUAUGUCCGAAGAUUUAGGCCUUCAGCGAAUACAUGGCUGUGUGAACACUACGAAAGAAUAUUCCACAUAAGUCGCUGCCAUGAAAAUUCUGUUUUAGAAGUCUUUGACGAUUUCGUUGCCGAUUACAGUGGCACCAUUGAUUAUGUGAGAACAGCGAAACGCAUGAUGGUUUGUGACAGAUUUAGUGAGGUCGAAAAAUUCGCUAUAGCUUGCACGUAUUUUUUCGAGGACGAUAUCAGACAAAUCUGGCCGUCUGUAUGCCAGAAUUUCGACUUGAAUACUAUGGAUUUUCGCAAAUGCCCGCAAUUAUAUUAUUGGAUAUGCUGUCUCAGAAAUGAAACCGAUAAGAUACCUAAUCUAGGAAACAGAUCUGUUGACGAACUGAUGGUGGACUACCACAUGGUUGAGAAUAGACCAUCGCUGGAGUAUUUUUGGAGUCGUGUGUCUCUCGAAUAUCGAAUGAGAAAAGCCAUACACACUUACAAUCGUGAUAAGAAAUUGUUAGUUACCUUCGUGUUAUCAAAACUGAACGAUCAACAGCUAGAUGAAUUUGUUAAUACGUAUGGUUGUAAAUUGAUACUCAAGCUACGAAAUGAUCACUCGUGGUUCUUUCAACCAACGUGGACGUUAAUUAAAAAUAAAAUGAACGAAAGUACUCUCAGAACAUUGGUCAUCGAAUUGUUGACACUCGAGCCGUUCUUCGGCUAUGAAAGGUGUCCGAUAGAAUGUCAGAACUGGUUGUAUUAUUGUUCGGAAAUUUGGAACGGUAUCGCGCAUGAUUUAAAACGAUCGAUAAGCGAGUAUGUUUUACCCAUUAUGAUAUUUAAAGAAAAUAAUGUGCGCGUGUAUUCAUUUGGUGGCACACGUUUCGUCGGACUUUCGUUGCGUAUUCUUUCAUCGGCCACUUUUGAGCAGAGAAGCGCAUUUUGGCGCGACUUUUGGCCUCAGUUGAUCGUGGAUACUCGAGUUGAAGAUUUGCUUAAAAUAAUGAAACUUUGUUUCGAAAACGAAGAAGAAAUUGCCCAGUUCAAGAAUAACAUAUUAGCUGAAAAUGAAAAUUUGCGUCUCUUGUGUAGAAAACUAUUACUUAAUGGCAUGUUCGUCGAACUGAACGAUUUAGUGAACUUUUGGUUGCCCGAAAUUCAAACAGCGAAAAGUUACAAGCUGCAGCUUUUGCAAUCAACUUUUCUCGUUGAAAAUAAUCCCGUUGAUGAUUCACUUGUCAAAAGUGUCAACCAAUUUAAUGUGUUUAUCGAUGGUAGUUUCGACGAUAAAGAUCAAUCGGCAGAUUUUAAGAAUCAACUUUUGUUGUCACCUGCAACUCGAGAAGUUUUAUCGCAGAUGCCCUGCAGAUGGAAUUGUCCUGUUGAACCGCUAAUGAUAUUGGUGGAUACGUUUGAUUUGGCUGAACAAACUGUACGUGUUAUAAAAAUGGGCAUGACUAGUUGUUUGACGGAGCAUAUUUCAACAAGGCGUAAUUAUGGAUAUUUUAACGUCAAAACGUUCAAAACACCUGUUUUUGACCAAUUUUUAUUGUGGUUGUUGGGAAGUGCUGAAGAAGUUGAAAGAUUUAGGCACACUUAUUUGCAGAGGCGGAUUUAACUAGGGGUAGGGAGGUGUCACCCCUCCCCACCAUAUUUAUAAAAAUUCGGAUUUGUCGGCAAAAUUAUUGUAAAGGAGGAGUCCCGAUAAGGUCACUUUUUGGCCCCAGCCAAUUAUCGACUCGACCACUCUCAAAAUGUUGUAAUAAAUGUUCCAAUUACGAAUCCGUGGUUAGUUAACCCAAAAUGACCAUUUUUUGGGUCUCUAGGGGUUCCCAAAGUUGUGAUUACAAAAAGAAUUUUAGGAACCACUGAAUAUUAUUUUCAAAAACUUUUUUAGCGUAAAAUAUCUGUUUGAACUCGAUAAACGUUAUGCGAGGUGAUUUUUCCUAUUUUGGACCCUCGGGGCAGAAAUUGGGGGGGGGGGUUGAUUUUUUGAAAAUUUUUGAACCACCAUUUUGAACCUACCCGUUUGAGCCCGGCUAAAAAGCUUUUUACAGUUUAUUAGUAUCUGAAAGACCUUCAUCCUACCGAAUUUUGAGCUCAAUAAAAUUUUCCGCUGGUACCCCAAAAUCCAGUUUUCCAUUUUUUCGCAAUUUUCGAAAUUUUGGGAACCCCUGGAAAACUAGAAACCUGCGAUUUGCGCCAAACGUAACGUUUUGAGGUAUAUUGUAUUCAAUUAUCUUGAUGAAAAAGUUUAAUUAAGCUCCCUGUAUGUUCGUAAUUUUGAACCAUUUUUUUAGAACCCCCCACUUUAGGCACCCCUAAAAAAAGGCGUUUAUGCAUAUUUUUCCAAAUAAAUUGAAGAAUUUACAUUUGAAACGCACUAGCAAGUGCUCGAUAAUUUUUCAUAUAAUUUUCCCAAUAAAUUUCAAAAUUCAGCUAUAUCGAGUCAAAUUCUGAGAAUUUAACUAUCUACGUUUAAAUCGUGAAAACGUGAUUUUAACGUAUUUUCGAAGAGUUAAAUCUCAGAAUUUGACCCGAAAAAACUUAAUUUUGAAAGUUACAGGAAAAAUCGAAUGAAAAAUUAUCGAGCACUUACCAGUGUGGUCCGAAUGUAAAUUCUUCAAUUCAUUUGAAAAAAUGUGCUUAAACGCCUUGUUUAGGGGUUCCUAAAGUGGGGGGCUCUAAAAAAUGGUACAAAAUUACGAAUUUAGGGGGGGGGGGGUGGAUUAAUUGAACAACUCUAUUCCACAUAAAAAUGUAAACCCCUCCAUGAUUUCAUCAGCACGUUAAAAUUUUGAUUUUUGUCGGCGAAAUGACAUGAUACACACCCCCCCCCCCCCUCAACUAACAUGAAUUCGAUCCGCCUCUGCCUAUUUGAAAUAGAAUUCUGCCAGUAUUGAGAGAUUAUCCGUAGGGUUCCACUGUUUUGGUUUUUUUUUUAACAACCCUGCAUAAAUGAGGAUUUACUCUAGUAAUGCCAUAUAUUUUGUCGACUUUUUCAGGUUAAUUGUGUUUGUUAGAUUUUUAAAUACAUUGAGAUUCGUUUUUACUUACUUAUUUUUAUCUGGGUUUUGGUUUUUUUGAUAGUUUGCGUAAGAAGUAGAUAUAUACUUAAGCUGUGUGGUGAUUCGCUAAAACUUUUUUUUAUAUAUUUGAGGUACGUUAAGUUUUUUUUGUUAUGUUAUCUAUUCUAUUAUCUAUGUUGAUUUUUUUAGCUGCGAGUGCAUACAAAGGUGCAUUGAUAAUUUCUUCAUUUUUCAUGAACGAAUAUUUUGUUAAUAUAGGUAGAGGUACCUACGUAGUUUUAGUUCAUUUGUUAUACGCAGUAAAUAAAAUACAUACUUACUUACUUCUAUUUUUACGACAAUUUAUGAAUCUUUUUUUUUUUACUUGAAUUUACUAAUGGUGUAGUCCAUGUUCAUUCAUUCAUAUUACGAUCUUAUUCACUCUAAUUGUGCCAUUACAAAGCAGUUUCAUCGCAAAUACUUAGUCGUGCUUUCAUAAAAAAUAUUGUAUAAUCAAUCGUGCUAUAACUUCUUUGAAGAAAUAAUUUAGUCAAUCCACGUCAAUUUAACUAAGUAUAGAGUUUCAAAGUACAUAA